AUGUCUAAAGUUGGCCCAGAGACAUCUAAAAGGUUACAAAAAGACCCGUCAUGUAUCAGAAAUAUCUGUAUUAUGGCGCAUGUCGAUCACGGCAAAACGUCCCUUUCAGACUCGUUGUUAGCUUCUAAUGGUAUCAUUUCCCAAAGGCUCGCAGGAAAGGUUAGAUUCUUGGACUCUAGACCUGAUGAACAACUGCGCGGUAUAACUAUGGAAUCAAGUGCUAUAUCUCUGUACUUUAGAGUUUUGCAUAAGCAAGAGGGUAAGGAUGAACCCCUCGUCAACGAACAUUUGAUUAACCUGAUAGACUCUCCUGGCCACAUCGAUUUCUCCAGUGAGGUUAGUGCAGCUUCAAGAUUAUGCGAUGGUGCAGUUGUUUUAGUCGACGUAGUGGAAGGAGUGUGCUCUCAAACAGUCACUGUGCUAAGACAAUGCUGGAUGGAAAAGCUAAAGCCAGUGUUAGUGCUCAACAAAAUUGACAGGGUGAUUACGGAGCUCCAAAUGACUCCUCAAGAAGCAUAUCUUCAUAUGAAUAAGAUCAUUGAAGAAGUGAACUCUAUUUUAGGAUCCUUUUAUAAUGGUGAAAGGGUUCUUGAUGACAUAACAUGGAGAGAACAACUUGAACUUAACAGUGAAGCUGAAUUUAAAGAAAAAGAUGACGCCGACAUAUAUUUCAAUCCAGACAAAAAUAAUGUCAUAUUUGCUUCCGCUAUCGAUGGUUGGGGGUUCAAUAUUGGACAGAUGGCUAAAUUCUACGAGCAAAAGCUCGGUGCAAAGAGGGAGAACUUGCAAAAGGUUCUAUGGGGUGAUUUUUACAUGGAUCCUAAAACCAAAAAAGUCAUUAAUAAUAAAGGCUUGAAAGGAAGAAGUUUGAAGCCCUUAUUUGUUAGUUUAAUUCUAGACAGUAUCUGGAAAAUUUACGAAAAUGUUUUAGUCGAGAGGAAUAUGGACGUCUUGGAAAAGAUUACCAAGACGUUAAAUAUUAAAAUUCUCCCACGCGAUCUUAGAUCGAAGGAUCACAAAAACUUGUUAAGAACAGUAAUGGGCCAGUGGAUUCCUGUUAGUACGUCAGUACUUUUAACCGUUAUUGAGAAGUUACCUUCGCCUCUAGAAUCCCAGAAGGAGAGGACGGAUAUGAUAGUUGAAAAUUCUCCUGGUCAUGAGUUAAUCGACGAAUCUUUGCUUUCUUCGAUGAAAGAAUGUAGUUCUGGGGGACCUGUAUGUGCGUAUGUGUCAAAAAUGUUGUCCAUACCGCGCGAAGAGCUACCUUUAAACUCAGGUUCUGCGUUCAACUCAGACGAGUUAAUGGAAAGAAGUAAAAGAGCACGUGAAGCAGCUCUGAAAGCUGCAAAAGCUGCUGAGUUAGCAGAGACUAUGUCAAAGAUGAAUCUAGAAGAGCAAUCAGCCAAUCUGUAUGCUAGAGCACAAGAUACUACGGUGACUCCUUCGAUAGAUGAGACAAAACAUAAGACCAAGCCGUCAUUAAAUGAUGACUUUCAAAUAGUGACAGAGCCUGCAAAAGAGUUUGACCUUGGUAUCAGUUUCGACGCAAAUGAUUACGAAGAAGAUGAAGGUCUGGUACCAGGUUUUGAGCCAGCCGAAAUCGAUCCUAAUGAUCCCUUGAAUGCUAUGUUUGAGUAUGAAGAAGAAGAUCCUUUUGAACAUUGUUCUGAAACUGAAGAAGUCGAGAACGCAGAGUUUGAAAAUUUUGAUGAUGAGGUUUUAAUUGGCUUUGCUAGACUUUAUAGUGGUACCUUAAAAGUUGGUCAAGAAGUCUCGGUGUUAGGACCAAAGUACGAUCCUCAAAACCCUAGUGAGCAUAUCGAAACUGCUAUCAUUACAGAACUUUAUAUUUUUAUGGGCAAAGAGUUGGUUCCAUUGGAAGAAUGUCCACCAGGAAAUAUCGUUGGAAUAGGUGGGCUAGCUGGCAAGAUUUUGAAGAAUGGUACAAUCAUUGAAAAUGGAAUCCAAGGUGUCAAUCUUGCGGGUAUUAAUUUGCAUGUACCUCCAAUUGUCCGAGUUGCCCUUGAGCCUACAAAUCCAACCCAAAUGAACAAGCUCAUAAGAGGACUGAAGUUAUUAAAUCAGGCUGACCCAUGUGUGCAGACGUACGUGGAGGAUACUGGUGAGCAUAUUUUGUGUACGGCGGGUGAGCUGCAUCUAGAGAGAUGUUUGAAAGACCUGAAGGAGAGAUUUGCAGGAAUAGAUAUUACCUCUUCGGAGCCCGCCAUUCCUUACAGAGAAACAUUUUUAUCAACGCCAGAUAUGAAUCCUGCGAAAAAUCCCGAUUUAGGCCGUGGUACUUUUGAGUUUACCCUUGGGGAUUACAGCAUACGUAUAAGAUCCACUCCUCUCCCAGAAGAUGUUACAAGCUUUCUUCUAAGCAAUGAAAAAGUCAUCAGUAAUUUGAUUACUGGAAACAAUGACACUGGUGAAAAUACAAUGAGUGAAUCUGAAUUCAGAGAGGCGUUACGUGAGCUUUUCAAAGAAACAAAGGAGAAGGAUAGCAGCUGGGAUCGCUGUGAAGAUCAUAUUGCCGCCUUUGGUUCUAAAAGAGUUGGUCCUAAUAUGCUUGUUUCGAAGAACUCAAUGCUGGGCAGUUUCAUACCUUCCGAUAACUCUCAAAGAGAUCUUGAAUUUCAAAAUUCGAUCAUCAACGGUUUUGAAUUAGCGGUCAGGGAGGGUCCACUCGCAAAAGAACCUGUUCAAGGAAUGUGUGUUUUCGUUGAGGAUGUACAUAAAAUGAGUGAUGCGGAGUUAGCUGAACGGGAAAUAACAGAUGCUCAAAGGGACAUCAUGAACUUCGCGGGAAGACUCAUGACAACUACAAGAGACGCGAUCCACACAACAUUCCUUGACUGGUCAUCAAGAAUCAUGUGGGCUAUGUAUUCCUGUGAUGUUCAAGCGUCUGUUGACGUAUUGGGUAAGGUUUACGCAGUAGUACAACAAAGACGUGGACGCAUAGUCUCUGAAGAAAUGAAAGAGGGCACUCCCUUCUUUCAAAUUGAGGCACGUAUUCCUGUUGUAGAAGCAUUUGGUUUUGGUGAAGACAUUAGGAAAAGAACUUCAGGUGCUGCGCAACCUCAGUUGGUAUUUGCAGGAUUUGAAUGCAUAGAUCUUGAUCCCUUCUGGGUUCCUACUACCGAGGAGGAGCUGGAAGAGCUUGGUGAUAUUGCUGAUAAGGAAAAUAUUGCUAGAAGACACAUGAAUAUGAUUAGGAGAAGAAAGGGUCUCUUUAUCAACGAGAAAGUCGUUGAAAACGCAGAAAAGCAGAGAACUUUAAAGCGGAAUUAA